ACUCCACCAAACUUCACCACUCACAACUUACAACUUACACAUCACAACCUAAGGCUACCUAGUGUACCUGACCUACCUAAUUUAGACACGAGACUUAGGUGCUUUUAUUUAUCUUUAAUUUGAAUAUUGGUCACUUCAGCUUCAUCACUGAUUUUGACCCUAGUCGUGUUUGACCAAUCACUUAGAGUGAGAUGAACACAGCUAAUCAGCAAUGUCACUCCUAACGAAGUCGGUCGACGUACCGGCUUUCGCCCGGACCCAGCUAGCACUCCUAGACAUCGAACUGCAAAGCGAGAUCAACGAGACCAGCGGUCUGAUCUCAGGUACCAGCCCCGCUUCUCUGCAGCGUGCCGGCCUCGCCGUCACAAACCUAGUCGUCUCAUCGCAACGAACCGGUCUAGGCGGGAGAACAGUAAUCGAGCUCGCCCCGGACGCCGCCACCUCCGGGACCGGAGAACUGCCCGAGCAUGGCGUCCGCACCGGCGACAUCGUGCUCGUCUCGGAGCAGCCCGCUGGCAGUGCUAAGAAGCGCGAGGUCAAGGAUCUGGAGCGCAAAGGCGCCAGGGGCGUCGUGAUUAGGAUCAAAAGGGAUGCCAUUGCCGUAGCGGUCGAUGAGGAUAAGGAGGAUGCGGCGUCUUUUGGCGGCCGUGUCUGGCUUGUCAAGCUGGCUGAUGAUGUCACGUAUCGUCGUAUGAAGCAGACUAUGGAGCGGCUGGGGGAUAUGACAGAAUCUGAGUAUUCGACUUUCACGCGCGUGCUUUUUGGCCUAACGAGUCCGUCGCCUGUGCCGGCGGAUCUGGCUAGGGAUUCGGAAUAUGGGGAGGGUAAGAUCGAGUGGUUCGAUCCGACGUUGAAUGACUCUCAGAAAGAUGCUAUUAGGUUUGCGCUCGCGUCUAGGGAGAUAGCGUUGAUUCAUGGGCCGCCUGGAACAGGCAAGACGCAUACGCUGAUAGAGCUGAUCUUGCAGAUGAUUCAGCGCGGCCUACGUGUGCUGGUCUGCGGACCGUCUAACAUAUCAGUAGACAACAUCGUCGAGAGGCUCUCUCCGCAUAAAGUGCCUAUCGUGCGACUCGGGCACCCAGCACGUCUACUGCCCUCUGUACUAAACCACUCGCUAGACGUGCUUACGCAGACCUCGGAGGCGGGCAUCAUCGUUAAGGAUGUACGCUCUGAGAUGGACGCCAAACAAGCAUCCAUUAAAAAGACGCGCAAUGGCCGUGAGCGUAAGGCUAUCUAUGCAGACCUCAAAGAACUACGAAAAGAAUACCGCGAGCGCGAGCGCCGGUGUGUAGGUACACUAGUAGGCGGGAGCAAAGUCGUCCUUGCGACGCUUCACGGCGCCGGCGGCAACCAGCUACGUGGCGAGAAAUUCGACGUCGUGAUUAUCGAUGAGGCCAGCCAAGCCCUUGAAGCACAAUGCUGGGUCCCGCUACUAUCAGCCUCCAAGGCCGUGUGCGCCGGCGAUCAUCUCCAACUACCGCCAACAGUGAAAUCAACCAACUCGAAGACGAAACCCAAGGCUGCAAAGGAAGGAGACGAGCAGGAGAAAGACGGUGCCAUUAUUAAAGGCGCGAGCCUUGAAACUACACUUUUCGAUAGGCUACUUAAACUUCACGGAUCGUCUAUUAAGCGCAUGCUUACGACGCAGUACCGUAUGCACGAGAAGAUCAUGCGAUUCCCUUCGGAUGAGUUAUACGAGUCGCGGUUAGUGGCGGCGGACGCGGUAAAAGAACGGUUACUACGGGAGCUGCCGUACGAAGUGCAAGAUACGGAGGACACGAGCGAGCCGGUGAUUUUUAUAGAUACGCAAGGAGGGGAUUAUUCGGAGAAGAACGAAGAGGAGGAAGAUAGGGAGGGUAAGGAUGGGAAAGGGGGCGCAAAGAAAGGAAGCAUUAGGUCUCUGUUCGGCGAGAGUAAAAGCAAUAUAAUGGAGGCCGCGCUUGUAAGACAGCAUGUCAAGAAGCUAGUCGAGGCAGGCGUUAGGUCGGAGGAUAUUGCCGUCGUCACGCCGUAUAAUGCCCAGUUGGGUCUACUGGCUCCCUUGAAGGAAGCAUUUCCUGGGAUCGAACUCGGCUCCGUAGAUGGAUUUCAAGGCCGGGAGAAGGAGGUCGUGAUUGUGAGUCUGGUACGGAGCAAUACCGAAGGAGAAGUUGGCUUCCUGAGCGAGAAGCGUCGGUUGAAUGUUGCCAUGACGAGGCCCAAACGUUCGCUAGUCGUCGUAGGUGACUCUGAGACCGUCCGAAGCCCGCGCCCCGGUCCUCACCACGUGGGGAUUUCUAGAAGCUCAUUUCUGACUACCUACACCAGGGGCAGCAAAUUCCUCAACAACUGGAUGGACUGGCUCGAGAACAACGCCGAUCUCCGUUAUGUCGAUGCGGCUUCAAUAGAGGCAUAAGACAGGUAUGUGCCGAACUUCCUUGCUUGUGGCGUAGAAAUGGGAAAUUGGGGUCUGGCGAACGGACGUUUGCCCGAACACCGAAUUCUUUGGAACUGGUGAAUUGGAGGACAGCGUUCAUCCGAAUUUUUAAUACAAGCGAAUGGUGGUGGCUGGAACAUUGCGGAUGCAACUCUACGAUGCUUACCGAGCUUACUUACAUGUGUCGAGUCUUCCUAGUUGCUCUUUAUUAAGAAGACGUAUUACCUCGCACCUCGCAGAUUAUUUCUUGCGGUCUCCUUCGACACACUCCCGCAAGGCUUAUACAAUGUAUGAAUGUAUUUGCACUAUCCGGAUGAG